AUGCACACUGGGUUUUCCGUUUUUCUUGAACGGGACACCAGUGAGCCGUCUUUCCCGAAUAGACGAUCUCUGACUGGGUGCGCGCGCGUGUGUGUGUGCGUGAGCGUGAGCGUGUCAUGCCAGCGAUAUCUCAGACGUCACAGGCUGCCGUCGGUCCACUCCGGUCGAGAUCGCUCCGGCUCCGAUGAGCCGCCGGCUCCUCGCGGCAGACCCGAAGCGAAACUCCGCGGGCGGAUUCGGCUCCACCUAUCCUCCCCCUCCCCGCCUGGGGAACCGCUCACAGUCCUGUCCGGUCCGGAGCCGAGCCGGGGCCGCCGUUCCGGGUCCCCGCCGGGAGCAGAAAGCGGGUGGCCCUUGAAAGCGGGGGCGCGAGCGGAGCCCGAAGCCGCCGCCUGCGUAACGCCCGUGACGUCGCUCUGCCGCCUCGGUUCACCACCACGCCGCUCGGCUUCGGCUGGGGGGGGUGGGGGAGUAGGGUGGCAGGGGGGUGGGGUGGGGAGGGGUGGGGGGGGCGGUCCGGGCUCACCCGAGUCCGGUCGGUCCGCGCGCGCGGUGAUGGAGAGGAAGAGGAUGGACUGCCCCGCUCUGCCGCCCGGCUGGAAGAAGGAGGAGGUGAUCCGGAAGUCCGGGCUGAGCGCCGGAAAAAGCGACGUUUACUACUACAGUCCCACAGGGAAGAAGUUCAGGAGUAAGCCUCAGUUGUCCCGUUACCUUGGAAACACGGUGGACCUGGCAUGUUUCGACUUCCGCACGGGGAAGAUGAUGCCCGGCAAACUGCAGAAGAACAAGCAGAGAUUCCGACACGACCCCCUCAGCCUGGCCAAGGGAGGGAAACCGGACCUGAACACAACCCUGCCUAUUAGACAGACUGCGUCCAUCUUUAAACAGCCCGUUACCAAGGUUACAAGCCACCCGGGCAACAAGGUGAAGGCAGACUUUCAGAAAGCGACUGAGCAGCCCAGACAGCUAUUUUGGGAGAAGCGGCUGAAAGGUCUCCGGUCGUCAGAUGUUACAGAGCAGGUCUUGCGCACCAUGGACCUGCCCAAAGGGAUUCAAGGUGUCGGUCCGGACCCCAGCAGCGACACCCUGCUUUCGGCCAUCGCCAGCGCCCUGCACAUGAGCUCCGCCCCCAUCACGGGACAGACGUCGGUGGCCGCCGACAAGAGCCCGGCCAUCUGGCUCAACGCCUCCCAGCCGCUCUGCAAGCCGUUCACGGUCACCGACGAGCAGAUCCGGUAA